UUGGUUCCUCUCUUCUCUCUCUGUUCUUCCUCUGUGUCUGUAUCUGCCUCAAACCCUUCGAUUCGAUCCAAUCUGAGAAGCCUAUGUGAAUCUUUAUCGUAAUUUGGGGAAAUCUAGGGUUUUUGCUUCUGAGUUUUUUUUCAUUUUCUCGUGUUGUGUUGGUAAAUUGUUGAUUGGAGAUUGUUUUUAUGAUUGUUCGGGCGUUAGGGUUUGCGGAUCUGAGUAAGGUUACGUGUUAAGUGGGCGUUUUUUUUGGUAAAUUCAAAGAUGUUUUGGCGUAUGACAGGGCUAUCCACGGCGUCGCCGGUGGAGACAAUUUUGGACAAGGACAACUUUACACUCGAGGAGCUGCUUGAUGAGGAUGAAAUUAUUCAAGAAUGCAAAGCUCUAAAUGGACGUCUUAUCAAUUUCUUGCGAGAAAGGACUCAGGUUGAGCGAUUGAUUCGUUUUAUUGUGGAAGAAGCUCCUGAUGGUGCUGAGAAGAGGCGAUCGUUCAAGUUUUCUUUCAUUGCUUGUGAGAUAUUUACUUGUGAGGUUGAUAUUAUACUCAAAACACUAGUGGAGGAUGUGGAGUUAAUGAAUUUGUUGUUUUCCUUUUUGGAACCUAACCGCUCCCAUAGCACACUGUUGGCUGGGUACUUCAGCAAGGUUGUCAUAUGUCUAUUGUUGCGGAAGACAGUUUCUUUUAUGCAUUAUGUUAAGGUUCAUCAGCAAAUUCUUCAGCAGCUGGUUGACUUGAUUGGGAUUACAUCUAUUAUGGAGGUAUUAAUACGUCUGAUCAGUGCUGAUGAACCUAUGUAUAACAACUGUACAGAUGCAGUGCAGUGGAUGGAAGAUACGAAUGUGCUGGAGAUGAUUGUGGACAAGUUCAGCUCUUCUGAUUCCCCAGAGGUGCAUGCUAAUGCGGCUGAAACUCUCUGUACCAUAUCAAGAUUUGCUCCUCCUGGUCUUGCUGCUAAAAUCUCCAGCUCAAAUUUCAUUGGAAGGUUGUUUCAUCAUGCUUUAGAAGAAUCUCGCCCAAAAUCUGUCCUUGUUAAUUCGUUGUCUAUAUGCAUAUCGUUGCUAGACCCUAAAAGGCUAACCUUGGGGACAUAUCAAUCAUAUAACCGCCAACUUAAUCAUGAGUCUGCAGUAACUGCCAGUCCUGAGACAGUGGAAGGGAUGCUCGGGAGCUUAGGUGACCUUCUGAAGCUUUUGGAUAUUACAUCUACAGAAAUUGCCUUGUUGACUACAUAUGGGAAAUUGCAGCCGCCUCUGGGAAAGCAUCGUCUGAAGAUUGUAGAAUUCUUGUCAGUGCUGCUGACAGUUGGAAGUGAAGCUGCUGAGGAGGAACUGAUUCGUCUUGGAGCAUUCCAAAGGAUUUUAGACUUGUUUUUUGAGUAUCCGUACAAUAAUUUUUUGCAUCACCAUGUAGAGAACAUAAUAUUUUCAUGUUUGGAGAGCAAGAAUCCUAUUCUUAUUGGACAUGUUCUUCGGGAAUGUAAUCUUGUUGGAAAGAUACUCGAGGCAGAGAAGAAUUUCACAUUGGUUGCUGGCCCAGGCAAGCCAACAAUUCCUGCUGAUGGUAGACCACCACCGAGGAUAGGGAACAUUGGACAUUUGACACGUAUUUCCAACAAACUAGUUCAAUUGGGGAAUAACAAUGGUGAUAUUCUGGCAUGCUUGCAGGAAAAUGGUGAAUGGACUGAUUGGCAUGCAAAUGUCUUAACAAAGCGUAAUGUAGUUGAGAAUGUCUAUCAGUGGGCUUGCGGGAGACCAACUGCUCUACAAGACCGGAGAGAUAGUGAUGAUGAUGAUUAUCAGGAUAGAGACUAUGAUGUUGCAGCCCUAGCAAAUAAUUUAAGCCAGGCAUUUCGAUAUGGCAUGUAUAGCAAUGAUGACACUGAUGAGGUGCAUGGAUCACUUGAACGAGAUGAUGAGGAUGUCUACUUUGAUGAUGAAUCGGCUGAAGUAGUCAUUUCUUCUCUGCGUUUGGGAGAUGACCAGGAGAGUGGCUCCCUUUUUACAAAUUCCAACUGGUUUGCUUUUGAGGAUGACAGAGUUGCCAAUGAACGCUCUGCAGGAGCACUUGCUUCUUCUUCACCUAAUAAUGAAGAAACUGGUUGUGUUAAUGGUGCAGGCAAUGAUGAGACUAUGGUAGGAGAAGGUGACGACUUGGAUGCUACUGCAUCAUCUUCUCCUGUGCCUGAACCGAGUAUAGAUGAUGUAUCAGUGAACAAUUCAUCUAAAGAUGUAAAUGAAACUAGUGCAAAUGAUAAACCACCUGUAUGGGUUGAAUGGAGGGAGACACCAAAUUCCACUUCUUCUGAUUCCAACUUAUCUCUCAGGCCAAAUGGUGAGCUUCGAGUGGAUUCAGAGAUUCAGGGUGGUGAUGGUGGUCCUCAUGCUGCUAAACCUGUAUCUUCCUUGGAUACAUCGGUAGAUGACAGUAAUGCUGCUGGAAGACUGCCAAAUGCAACAAAUGAAAGCCCUACACCCAUUCUUCCUGAAUUAACAGAAGCAGGUAGUGAAAAUCCUAGUGUGGUCCAUGGUGAUUCUGAUGAUAAGACAACUGUAGAAACUGAAGUAACUGCUGUGGCCAGGAAAGAUGGACAAACAGCCAUGGUUAAUUAAGCAGAGAACUAAAUGUAAAUUCUUGAGAGUCUGUUUAUUACCUAACUGAUACACACUGCAGCAGCAACAUUUAUCAGGUGGGAAGAUGACUACUGAGAGCACUGUUGGUUGAUUAGGUGACUGUAUUUUAGAGCCUUCUGUGCAUCAUCGAUGGGCACUGUUGCUUAGCAAGGUUGAUUCUUUUUCUCACCUGCUGAUAUAGCUUGAGCUUGCUCUCUCUCUUCCGAAAGUGGUGAUGAAUAGGGUCUUGUUUUCCGCCUUUCCUAUCUGGUAAUCCAAUGCCUUUAUUAAUUAUUAGUUUCUAGCCUUCUACCUUCUAGCUUCGCCUUAGUAAUUGAUCUACAAACUGGAAUUGUCACCUGAUACUUGGACCCUUUUUUAGCACGAUUUAUAUCCAUAAAAUUUUUUCCUUUUCACAUGAAUGCCAAGGUGUUAAUCAUAGAAUCAUAUCCCAGAAUCCCUUUUAUGUUUCCCUGUUCACUUUUCAUCGUAAUGGAGAAGUUUGCAACAGUUUUACUCUCCAUAUUUAUGGUGGAAGAAUUUUCGGUCGAGGAAUUGUAUGAUUUUACCAUUUAUUUCUUUUUGCAA